CGCACGAUCGCGGCAAAGCGCAUGCCAAAAGCAGCAGCAGAGGCAGAUCGCUCCUGAAUGGGCCGGUGGUGCGCCAUCUCGUGCACAGAUUUUUUUUCCACCCCAUUCCAUUACCAGCGCGGCGCAUGGGCGCUAUAAAUUAGCCGCGGGGCAUCCAUUCCCCGGCAACAAAGCAGAAGCCGGCUGCUUGGAGCUUUCGAGCAACACCACAACAACAACGAGGCCAAGAAAGGAUAAGCGCGCGAGAGGCUUGUAGCUUUGUUGGAGGGAGUGGCAAAGCGAUGGGCAGAAGCUGUGAGCAAUUGCGAGAGCGGGCGCUGGUGGUUGCGCUUGCCCUCCUCGUGUUGGCGUUCGCGCUCGUGCAGUGCGCGGGCGUCGCCGACGGGGAGAAGCAGGGUGGCGGCCCGGCGGAGACGGACCCCGCGACGAGGCAGACGGGGCCGCCGCUGCCGCCCGGGUGGACCGGCGACUCCGGGUCCGGCCACGGGUCCAGCCCCGAUGGCGGUUCGUGGGAGUAUGGCUGGGGCUGGGCUGCGGGGCCUGACGGGAAGGGUGGCGGGUUCGGGUUUGGCUAUGGAGGCAGCGGAGGUGAAGGUGGAGGUGGAGGCGGUGGCGGUGGUGGACCGGGAAGUGGAAAGGCGUUUGGUUUCGGCAUUGGCGGGUACAAAGACCACCAUGGCGGCUUUGGAGAUGGCGGCGGCGGCGGCGGCGGUUCUGGAGGCUACGGUGGUAGCGACGCUGGUGGCUUCGGGGGUGGCGACUCUGCUGGUGGCUUCGGUGGCGGUCAGCAUGGAGAAGCUGGCAACGGCGAAGAAUAUGGCGGCUACGCUGGCGGUUUCGGCGGUGGCGGCCCUGGUAGACACGGCGGCGCUGGUGCCGGUGCCAGAGACGGAGAUGGGGCUGGAUACGAGGGACCCUUCCGCGGCGGAGGCUGGAGCAAGCGCGGCCACUUCCGCGGCGGAAGGUCAGCGCGGAAGGACGGUGGCGGCAACAACUGAAGCCGCCCGUCGUUGUCUGCAACCAUAAGAAGAUGAUAACCAGCAAUGGCAGAAAAUAUGUUUGGUCUAGCAAUGGCAGAAAUAUGUAGCUAUGCGCGAUGUAGUAUAGUGCCUCUAUGGUGUCAUCUGCCGUGCUUCUCGUCACAACUCAUAAGCGUCCUUAUGCAAAGAGUUGAAUACGAGGUGAGGUGUAAGAAACAUAUUAUAUAUACGAGCUUCAGUGUAUAUGAUGCUCCUGCCUCCUGGGGGCUAUGCAACUGAUGCUUUACCUUUC